UCAGACCAGUGGUUCAUCUAGCCCAGUAUCCUGUCUGCCAGGUGCCCCAGAGGGAGUGAACCUAACAGGCGGAGCGGGCCCGGGAGGAGGCGGAGCAGGCGGCCGCACGUCCCCCGGCCAGCCGGCCGGCCCCCCCGCUAUGGGUCGGAAGCGCUGCGUGGGGGGAGACGGCUCCAAGAUGGCGGCGGGUUGCUGCGGGGUGAAGAAGCAGAAACUCUCCAGUUCCCCUCCCUCGGGCUCGGCCGGCCCGGGGGGCGGCGGCGGCAGCUCCCACUGCGGAGGGGCGGCGGCAGCGGGCGGCGAGCCGGGGGCGCUACCCCCGCCGGGGAUCGCCCGCCUCAACGGCCUGGGGGGGCUGGCGGGGGGCGCCGCCGGCUGCGUCCUGUCCCCGCCGCUGCCGCCCAACUGCGGCGGGGGCCCCGGCGGCCUCUCCCCCCCGGCCGUCUCGCUGCUCGCCUCCCCCGGGGCCGGCUCCGGCGGGCCCGGCUGCAGGAAGAUGGUGGUGUCGGCCGAGAUGUGCUGCUUCUGCUUCGAUGUGCUCUACUGUCACCUGUACGGCUACCAGCCCCCGCGGAGCCCCCGCUUCACCAACGACCCCUACCCGCUGUUUGUAACGUGGAAGAUUGGUCGAGAUAAACGAUUGCGUGGAUGCAUAGGUACUUUUUCAGCCAUGAACCUGCAUUCAGGACUCAGGGAGUACACACUUACUAGUGCCCUUAAAGAUAGCCGUUUCCCCCCAAUGACGCGGGAUGAGCUGCCACGGCUUUUCUGCUCAGUGUCUCUACUCACUAAUUUUGAAGAUGUAUGUGAUUACUUGGACUGGGAGGUGGGUGUACAUGGCAUUAGAAUAGAAUUCAUCAAUGAAAAAGGAUCAAAACGCACCGCCACCUACUUACCGGAGGUUGCAAAGGAGCAAGGAUGGGACCACAUUCAGACCAUAGAUUCCUUAUUGAGGAAAGGAGGCUACAAAGCUCCAAUUACUAAUGAGUUCAGGAAAACCAUAAAACUGACCAGGUACCGUAGUGAGAAGAUGACCAUGAGCUACACAGAGUACCUUGCCCAUCGUCAGCAUCAUCACUUCCAAAAUGGCAUUGGGCACCCCCUUCCACCAUACAACCAUUAUUCCUGACACUGAGCCACAUGACCAGUCACUGGACCUCUCUGCAGACCUCUUCCCAGGAGACCCCGCCCCUUCCUGGUCUAGCUAUCUCUAUUACUGUACCAUUUUAUGAUGAUAGUUUCCGUUGCCACGUUGAUGCUUCUCCUUGGUUGGUCAAGUUCAUCGUGGCAACGGGUGAGAAAACUGCAUUAUUACAAAGCUCUCAAUUCUUUUUUAUUGAGUCACUGCGGGGUUUUUUUUCAGCAUAUAUAACCCUUGUUUUUUUUAUAAAAUUUUAAAUUUAUACUACAUUAACAUUGAAUUAUAUUAAUCAAGGUUUUCUAUGACUGUGGAUGGAAGGAAGACUUUAGUAUUUAAGGGUUACAAUUAGGGAUAUCCUUUUUUUGAGUAAGACAUUUGUUGCUGUUGCAUUAAUAGUUGUAACAGGGAAUGAAACAUAUCAGAGAUUCAGGUAUUAAGCACACAUUCCCCACCAUUGUAGUAAAGGCUCUUUAUUUCAUGUAGUUAAAUACAUGAGCUUCAGAUUCAGUACUUACAGACAGAAUUUGAAGAGUAAUAUUCCAGAUGAAGAGAAGCUGUUGCACCUAGCAUAAGAGGCAAUGAUAAUAGGAAGUAUUUCAGGAUCAGUUGGUCUAAUUGAUUACAGACUUAAAGUGCCAGAUCCAGCAUGGUACUAAGUGCCCUCAACUCUCAUUCUAUUAUAUUGGAAUUGAGAGUAUUCUGCCCCUCUCAGGAUCGGACACCAAAACAGUGUGUGUAAUGCAGAGAAGAGACUACUCUCUGACGUUCUCAAAAGAGGAGUCACUUUUGUUUCAAUAAUGGUUGGUGAAUAGGCAGUGUUAUAUUAGGAAGAAAAUGGAUUUAGACUUUUGUGCCUUUUGACUAGGACAAUAAUAUAGUUACAUAAAAAUCAUAGGAAGAAUAUUAAAAGCACUGGACAGCUCUCUACUGAUCUGGUGUAAAUUAUUUUUUAAACUGGGAUUCUUUUAAGCAAGCAAAUUGUGAAAGAUUUUCUCUUCUCUCCCCCAUCUUAUUCUUUUUUCUUUAGUUUCCUAAGUUUUAUGAUGUCAUGAUUAGCCAGAUAGCAAUUAACUGCUGUUUUAAGAAACUGUGUGUAUUGGAGAAAGAG